AUGGAUGGUCUGCGAAUUGAGAUGAGAGGGUGUGGUUGCGGGAAGGGCGUUUCGAGAAGAACGCAGAUGCACAAUGCAAAUCAGUUAGUGGUCAAUCAACCAGGAGAAUUCGGGCUGUGGCAAGCCAAGCGAGGCGGUCUCGACCAGCGGGCUGGGUCUGACUCUGGGUCUGGGUAUAACACGUUCCACGGCCAGGCCGGGGCGAGAGUCUGGACCUCGAUAGUGGGAAUAGCCAGGGAAUGA